UUACCACUUACACUACUCAUCUCAUUCGCAACUGCUCCUCCAGCAACUGUGCCAUAGUCACAAGAGCGCACAGACAACAGAAAACUACACAGAUCGCCGAUACCCCUUUAGCCCAUCUUUCCCUUUCCCUCCUACCCCGCCCCCCCGCUCCACAACACGCAAAAUGGCCGGCCUCCUCAACGCCUACACCUCCUUCCUGGGCCGUCGCCCCAUGCUUGGCAACAUUGCCACCUCAGCAGUCCUCUUCGCCACCGGUGACGUCAUUGCGCAGCAGGCCGUCGAGAAGAAGGGCCUCAAGAACCACGACCUCGCGAGGACUGGCCGCAUCGUCAUCUGGGGAGCAGGCAUCUUUGCCCCGCUCGUCACCGUCUGGUUGCGCGCGCUCGACAAGAUCCCCAUCAAGAACAAGAUCGCCGGGACGAUCACCCGCGUCGCCGCUGAUCAGCUCAUCGCCGCGCCGACGUUCUUGACUGGCUUCUUCACUGUCAUGACUCUGCUCGAGGGCAAGGACCUCGCCGCGGCCAAGCAGAAGUGGCACGAGUCCUUCUUCCCCACCCUCAAGGCUAACUGGACUCUACUUACGACCGACAGCUUUGUUCCCUUCCAGGCCAUCAACCUUCUCAUCCCCCUCCAGUACCGUGUCCUCGCCAUCAACGCCGUCAACAUCCCGUGGAACACCUUCCUGUCGGUCCAGAACUCGAAGGGCGCCGCAAAGGCGGCCGCCGCGAGCAAGGCGGACGGCGACGUUGCUCUGGCUUCGGCCAAGGCUGAGCUCGCCUAAGCCGUGGCGUGUCGUUUCUUCAUUGCAUCCAUCAGCGGCGGACAGCACGCGCCUUAAUACAGUAGACAGGUUUUCUGGCAUAGAAUGAUACAGCAUACCCCGUGC